AUGUAUUUUCCCAAAGGAGUCAUCACAUUUUUAUAUAUAACAACACUAAUUUUGGCUCUAACCACAGCCUAUCCCUCCAAGGAAAAUCUCAAAAUACGAAUACAUAUACCGGUAAAACAUCACACCCAUGUCCAUCAUAAGACGGUGGUGAAAAAGGUUCCCCUGCCCAUACCAGUGCCCGUCAAAGAGCACAAGAAACAUCAUGACGAAUACAAGAGGAAACAAAGCGAAGAGGAGGAAGAGGUAAUGGAGGAAGAGUUCGAGGGUUACGAUUAUCCCAAAAAGAAACGAAGAACCAGACAUCCAUUUGUAUGAAGAAAAAAAAUCAACACAGAAUUUAAUUAUAAAAUUCAAAUAAAGCAAAAAAA